AUGCCUCCCGAGCGAAAACCCGCGCAAAAGCGCAGACAACUCCCCUUCAAACCACCAAGCCGAACCUCCUCUACCGCCGCUGCCCCAGCAUCAUCAUCAUCAACUACCAGCAAACCCAAAGGCAAAGCCACAACAAAAUCGACAACAACAACAGCAGCAAGCAAACGAGGUCCAAAACCAAAAGAAGCAUCAGCCAAAGCCUCCUCAUCCAAAUCCGCACGCCCCCGACCAUCAUCACCCAGCCCUGCCGACUCCGACGAAGACAGCAACAACGACAACGACAACGCUUCUUCAUCCCCCGCCCGCUCAGACGCAUCAUCCCCAGAGCCAGAGCCAGAACCGGACUACAUUCUCGCGGAGAUCAUUCACAAGGAUCAGCCUUCUGAUGACGUGCUCACGAACGAUCCUGUAAUUCCACCGAAGUUGUUGACAAGGUUACUGCAUCAUCAUUUCCAGAAUGAGAAGACGAAGAUCGCGAAGGAUGCGAAUACGGUUGUCGCGAAGUAUGUGGAUGUUUUUGUGAGGGAGGCGUUGGCGAGAGCGGCGUUUGAGAGGACUGAGGCUGUUGGGAAGGGGGCUUCGGUUGGGGAUGGGUUCCUCGAGGUUGAGGAUUUGGAGAAGAUGGCGCCGCAGCUUGUUAUGGAUUUUUAG